CACAAUUACCGUCCUGCAUCCCGGCCUUUCACGCAGAACUCCCGACUUCAUGUUAUAUCCCCGCCGUUAGGUCGGCCUCAACUACCUUUCCUCUCAUCCGCCGCAGGCACUCGGCCUCUUCCGCCGUUAUCGUUGCAUCUCCGACAGCAUUUCGCACGGCUUGUAUCUACCGAGAGCCGGAAUUAUUAUCGACGCCGCCUCUCCAAUGGGCUGAAGAUCGGUCUGUCGUUCUACGCCAUCUUGGUUCUGUUCCAGGUCAUCAAGAUGGGCGUGUACCAGGAGGAAAUCGAGCAUCAAUGGCCCACGCCCCCGGAAUGGUCAUGGAAAAGUCGGUGGUGCUUGCGCUCGGCACAGGCACAGCAGAACCCCGCGCAGAUCGGCAAGUUGAUGACCAAUUGGCCCAUGGUGGCGGGAUACCUGCGCGACUUGUUGGAACGGCUUGAGAACCCCGACGGAGAAGGCAAGGGUAUUGUGGAGCAGGAAGACGGGGGAUUUCUCGUCGCUGGUGUCGGCAAAACCGGGUUUGAUAUCACUGCGAAGAGUGAGCCGUGGCGACGGGGUUACUUCCAGGCUCUCAUGGGCGCUGCUAAGGCCGCGGAGAGUCUUGAGGGCUGGUUGACCGAUCGGAAGCAGCGCAUCUCUGCUCCUGCGGAAUAUGUCGUUGGCCCUUCGAACCCUCGUCCGAAGCCCAUGCCUGCUGGUCAGAAGAAGGUCCCGCGGGAGGAGAACUGUGAGCCUGCCUCUCCCAGCCCGGAAACCUUCUACAUGAAGAUCUUGACGACACGGGGGUUCGACACAAGACAGAAAGUGGACGCGGCUCUCUCAUAUGCGGAUUGGCUCGACUACAAAGGUUUGAAGAACACUGCGCAGGACAUGUACAACUGGGCUAUGGAUAUCGCGGCCGCUGGAUCGUCCGUGGAUGCCUCGAAAGUCGUGGACGUGAAGACGGGCGUCUUGAAGAACGACGGGAAAUUCUUGCCAUCUGAAAACAUCAUCCGAGUGUCCACUGCGCUUGCAGUCUACCAGGCCAAACAGGGCAACCUGCCCAAUGCGCUAUCCAUCUUCACUUCGGUGCUGAAGGCUCGUCGUUCCCUUCCAGCCAACCCAGACAACGUUCUUCCAUUCUUCCCCUCUAUCCCUCGUCCGAGCAAUGACCCCUUCCGAGCCCUUUUCAACUCCCUCAAGACCGUCCUCAUUCCAGUUGAAUAUCCUCCAGCUCAAUCCUCGGGAGAUGAACCUCCCGUGCGAACUGUCACCUCUGCCUGCGACGAAGCAGGCCUCAUGACCUACAUCGGAGAGAUCAUCUUCGCCUCCUCCUCCAAGGAAACCGGCCUAGCCUGGACCCGUGACGCCGUCGACAUGGCCGAAGCUAGCAUCCUCGAACUCGGCUCCUCCGAGGAGGUCCGUAUCCCGCGCGAACGCUGCGCAGACUGUCUGCGAGUCGGCCUCAAUAACUGGAAAACCAUGGUCUCCCGUCUAGUCGCACAGGCCGAGAAAGAGGAGCUGGAAGCCAUCGAAAAGGCCAAGACGGCCUGGUACGGUGGCCAAAAGCAAAUUCAGGCUAAGUCUCUCGAGCGGAAGCGAUGGGAAGCCGAACGCAUCAUUCUCGACGACCGGUCUAGAAGGCUCUCACCGUUUGUCGACGACGACAAUGCCUUCCAGGGACUUGCGCCUAACAGCUCGAUGUUCACCUAGUCCGGUCACACAUGACCAGCUACCUAUCCUUCACUGUUUUUAUCAUUUGGCCCAUGCAUGGAAUUGAGGAGUUGAGGCGAGGACAUACCUAACAUAUUCUGAAGCGUUGUGGGGUUUCUCUUCUCUGUGUAUGAUUAUUUACUGUGUAGUCAGAUAUAACAAAAUAUGUUACUUAGGACAAUGCCUAUACCAAGC